GUUUUUUCUUCGGAAUAUUUAAAAAAAAACAAAAGCAAUGUUUACAACAAGAUGUUCGAUUUGUCUUCUUCGAUUUCGAAAUGUAAAAAUCCUAUUCAUUCACUAUUUGCGGUGCCAUUCGAAGCGGAAAAUUGUACGCGAGCUGAUAGAAGGGCAUUCGCGGCAAAAUUUCACGAGGAAAUCGACGAAUCGAUCGAGGAAAAUCCCGGAAAACGAAACGGAAAUGUACCGUAGAAAAAAGUGUAAAAUCAACGGCGAUUCGAAUAAUAAUAUCGAGGAAUUUUAUUUUAAUAGAGCUGCAUCGAGUAGGCCGGAAUGGGACAGUGAAAAAUGCACUCCAACCACCUCCAAAAGACCACCGAGAAGAACAAGAGCGAAACAACCCCCGCCGGGCACGUCCCUGGACGAUCGCACCGGCACCUUCUACAAAUGCCACUGCGCCUGGGCCUCGGCCCGCGCCCCCUUCGCGGCGGCGCCCACCUCGGACACGGACUCCUGCUCGGCCUCCUCCACCGCCUCCGAGGCCCCGCGACGCCCGGCGGUGCACCCCGGCAAGCGGUUCUUCUGUCCCACGUGCGGCAACGGCUACGCCACCGAGGCCGCCCUGGCGGAGCACUCGUACGCCCACGAGCCCUUCUGCAGGCUGUGCAACCGGUGGUUUCCCGACGCCUUCGAGUUCCGGUUGCACAUGGAGGCCCACAAGCUGCCGGUGUUCGCGUGUCACGCGUGCGACGUGGAGUUCGCCAGUCGGGCGCGGUUGCUGGGGCACUUCGAGGAGCACCGGGAGGGCGCCGUGGUGGAGGACGUGCUAGAUAUGGAGAGGGAGUACUCCUCGUUCAGGAUGGGGUUCUUCGGGGAGGAUUACUACGAGAGGAUUAAUAGUAUAUUGUAUUAUUUGGCCGAUAUGGCCGAUAUGUAUUGUUACGUGCCUAAUUUUAGUUAUAUCGGGUGAAAAUGG